GAAGACCUGACAAAGCGAAGCCAGUAGGUUUCUGGCAGCUUUCGGAACAGUCGAGGCUAGAUUGACACCGAGCCUGUCCGUUCAGACUACAGCACCAUGCCCAUGAUACUGGGUUACUGGGACAUCCGUGGGCUAGCCCAUGCCAUUCGGCUCCUCCUGGAAUACACAGACUCAAGCUAUGAGGAGAAGAGAUACACCAUGGGAGACGCUCCUGACUAUGACCAAAGCCAAUGGCUGACUGAGAAAUUCAAGCUGGGCCUGGACUUCCCUAAUCUGCCCUACUUAAUCGAUGGAUCACGCAAGAUCACGCAGAGCAAUGCCAUCCUGCGCUACCUUGGCCGCAAGCACAACCUGUGUGGGGAGACAGAGGAGGAGAGGAUUCGUGUGGACAUUCUGGAGAAUCAGCUCAUGGACAACCGCAUGAUGUUGGCGAGGCUUUGCUAUAACGCUGACUUUGAGAAGCUGAAGUCAGGGUACCUGGAACAACUGCCUGGAAUGCUGAGGCUUUACUCUGAGUUCCUGGGCAAGCGGCCAUGGUUUGCAGGGGACAAGAUCACCUUUGUGGAUUUCAUUGCUUACGACGUGCUUGAGAGGAACCAGGUGUUUGAGGCCACGUGCCUGGAUGCGUUCCCAAACCUGAAGGACUUCAUAAAGCGCUUUGAGGGUCUGAAGAAGAUCUCUGACUACAUGAAGACCAGUCGCUUCCUCCCAAGACCUUUGUUCACAAAGAUGGCCAUUUGGGACAGCAAGUAGGACCUUGACAGGGUGCGCUAUAGGAUAAAGAUACCAGAUCUCCUGGGUUUGCCAGGAGCCCCGGGGAGAGGGCAGGAUCCCUGCAGCCCCAGAGCCAACUUUUCCUUUUUCCCUCCUUCCAUUCCAUUCCAGAUCCCAAGCCUCACCAGCUCUCCUUUUUGGUCAUCCAAUCCCUGCCCAAUACAGGCUCUUAAAAGCCCUAGCAAUUCCUUUUUAUUAGCAAAGUAGCCUUCUAAAGCUAAAGCUCCGGGGGGGGGGGGGGGGGGGGAGGGGGG